AUGCCAUGGAUUCCGCGUGGUGCAGCGGCAGCUGCAACCGCAGCAGCAGCGGCGGCAGCCGCUGCUGUUUCUGCUGCCACCGCUGCUGCCCUGUGGGAUGGCAGCCGCCCUACUCUCAGUGACAACUUAAGUAAAAGUAAGACGCAAAACCUUCAGCAAUCUCCAGCAGCAUCCUCUGCUGCUGCUGCUUCUGCCGAAGCCGAGGAGGACCGCCAACCACAACACCAAGCACAGGGAGAGGAGCAGCAAAAGCGGCAGCAGCAGAAGCAGCAGCACCAGCAGCAGGAGAAUGCGGUCUCUGGCGCUAAUCCAUCUUCCCUGACGUCAAUAGAACAGUUUGCGAGUGACCGCUGUAGAGACAGCCGAGAGGGGGUCUGUCUGGAGCCAAGCUUGCGGCAGAUGUACUUUGCCCUUCAGCGUGCCGAAGAGGAGAGGGCUAUUAAAACCCUCAACCGUAAACCUUAA